UGGCCUGGGGAACAGUUGCCCGGGCCACGCACUCUGUGGCGGGCGGGGUUGUUGCCAAUCCACCCCCCGUUGUAGAUGAGCGCCCCGGCCUUCCCGAUCAGCCCAGGGCCAAGAGAAGCCCCCAGAGCCAGGCUCUCCCUGUGCCUGCUGUGCACUCCGCCCGUGCCGCCUCUUAUCGCAAGCUACCCGCAGCGUGAGGCUGAAGUUUUCUUUCCUGAUGCAGAUCAUACAUCACCACCUGUUACCUUUCUGCAAGAAUUACCAAGCUAUCGGUCUGUGUUGAGGCAGAGAGGUGCUGGAGGAACACAGGAUAGACGACAAAACACACGUGGCUCUGUGAGACCACCUGUUGGACAGACUAGAAAUCUUGCUGAAGGAACAGGAGUAGAAAAUGAGGCAUUGGUUCGAUCAAUAAGAGAAUAUGCAUUAAAUAUUCCGGAGAAGAGAAGACUAAGGGCUGUCCAGAAAGCAAAUGUUAAAUAUCUAUCUCGAUGGGAUCAGUGGAAGCAGAACAGGAAUAGAUCAUGGAAAAAAUUCCUAGAUGAAAUUAAGGAGCUGUCAUCUUACUUGGAACUUUGGAGACAUGACAUUCGUAGCAUUGAAGGGAAGUUUGGCACUGGUGUCCAGUCCUAUUUCUCCUUCCUACGUUUCCUGGUCCUGUUAAACUUUAUAAUAUUUAUUCUUAUGUUCAGUUUUAUAACACUUCCUAGCACUGUUUCUACAUAUGGAUUUUUCAACAGUAGCUACAUUAAAGUUCUUCCAAAAAACAUAGAGCCGAAAUGCACAAUUUAUACAAUUAAGGGUACUAAAGGACUCGUUUAUUUCUAUAGUUACAUAAUAGAUCUGCUCUCUGGCACUGGUUUCCUUGAAAUGACGAGUCUGUUUUAUGGACAUUAUGCAAUAGAUAUGGUGCAAUUCAGUGGCAUUAAAUACAAUGUACCACUUGCAUACUUGCUGACUACACUUGUGUAUCUCUCAUUAAGUCUUAUCUGGAUAGUGAAAAGGUCUGUGGAAGGAUUUAAACAAAGCUUGAUACGUAAGGAAGAUCAAUUUCAGAGUUACUGCAACAAAAUCUUUGCAGGCUGGGACUUCUGCAUUACAGACGUGAAUGCUUCAUGGCUCAAACAUAGUAGUUUACAAUAUGAACUAAAAACAGACUUGGAAGAAGAAAGACUAAAGCAAAAAAUAGCUGGAAGGAGAACAGAAGAAAAAUUACGCAUCUACUGUCUAAGAAUAUUUGUAAAUAUCAUUGUUCUUGCAGUUUUGUCAGGAUUCUUUUACUCUAUCUACUGUGCAACCAAGUACUCACAAGAAAAUAUUUGCACUGACAGUAACACAUGUGAUGGUAAUCUCUUGGUGCAAUACUUGCCUUCUAUCGUGAUCACCCUGGUCAACUUUAUUGCUCCUCUGUUUUUUUCAAAUCUAAUCAGAUUUGAAGAGUAUUCACCAGCCUUUGAGAUCAGAUUUACACUGAUGCGGUGUGUCUUUGUGCGGCUGGCCAACAUUGGUGUUCUCUUGUUUUCCCUGGGGACUCAAAUCUUAACCUGUGCUGACAAGUGUAAGGCAUGUGGAUACAAUCAUGAGCUCUACCCAUGCUGGGAAUCCCGAGUUGGACAGGAGAUGUAUAAGCUGAUGAUUUUUGAUUUCAUAAUCAUUUUUGCUGAGACAGUGUUUGUUCAUUUUCCUAGAAAGUUGCUAGUUACCUAUUGUUCUUGGAAAGUGAUUAAGUGGUGCGGGCUACAGGAAUUUGCAAUUCCUGAGAAUGUACUGGAAAUUGUGUAUGGGCAAACAAUCUGCUGGAUUGGUGCCUUUUAUUCACCACUUCUUCCUGCCAUAGCAACUAUAAAGUAUUUUAUCGUCUUUUACAUAAAAAAGAUAAGUUUAAUGCAUACAUGUAGACCUUCAUCGAGACCCUUCAGAGCAUCAAGCUCUAAUUUCUUCUUCCUGGUGGUGCUGCUGAUUGGACUUGUAUUGGCUUUCAUUCCUCUGGGACUCAGCAUGACACAGUAAAUAAUGGUUUCAUAUUUACAAAGUGUAUUAUUUUGCUUUAAUUUAAAGGGUUUUUUAACUUGAGUUUUUUAACUCUCAGUUGAUGGGUCUGCCUUUCAUAAAACAAGUCAUGGUUGCUUUCUCUCCCUUGUUCUGGGGUAGGGGGAGGAGAGGAGUCAAAGUUAAUUUACUCUCCCCUUGCUGGGACAGGACAUUCUAUUGAAAGAUUUCACCCUAAAGUCAAAAUUCAGGUUCUCCAGACAGGGUUUGCCCACUUUCCAGU